AUGGGCUCGAUCUUUGACGAUCGCAAAGCAUAUGCUCCUCAGGAAGACAUAUUCUUCGACGAUGGGAGAGAGGAAGAGCUCGUGGAGUUCGUCACCUCUCAGGCCGACAUCCGAAACUCGCCAGCCAAGGUCCUCCAAGCGAUCGAUGACUUCGCGCGAACACAGAAGUAUCUGAUGAACGUCGGAGAAGACAAGGGGAGGAUAGUGACCGAGGUCAUCCAAAGUAUGAGGCCAACGGUCAUGGUUGAGCUGGGAGGCUACUGCGGGUAUUCCACCAUCCUCUUCGCAGACGCAGUGCGAACCGCCGGAGGGCAGAAAUACUUUUGUCUGGAGAGGAGCCCGAAGUUUGCACACAAUAUCCAAGAACUGGUCAAGUUUGCCGGCCUCGGCGACAUGGUGGAAGUCGUUAUCGGUCCGAGCGACGAGAGCAUCAAAGCCUUGCACGGAAGCGGGAAACUGACGAAGAUCGACAUGAUGUUCCUCGACCACUACAAACCGGCCUAUACGACGGACCUCAAGCUCUGCGAAUCGUUGGGUCUCGUCGGCAAGGGGACAACGCUCGCGGCCGACAAUGUCAUUACGCCCGGCAAUCCCCCAUAUCUAAAAUACGUCCGCAGCACGGUGCAGGAGAAGCGGAUGGCAUUGACACACGAGAGCGUUCCCGACACGGAGAAUUUCCCAGGGAAGUCUGCCGCCCAGUACGGAGGGAUCGAGACCCUGAGCACUGAAGUAAAGGGCGAUCCAAACCUCAUCUACACGAGCAAGCUGUGUAAUAGUUUCGAACCUUCUGGAGUUCCUGAUGGAAUAGAAAUCACCGUCUGUGUGGGGGUGGAGUCCAUAUAG